AUGGCGAAGAAUCCCAAAGAUGCCGCUCCGGAGGAGGAGGAGGAGAUGCCCGCCGCCGCGGCCGAAGAACACGCAGCGCCAGCCGCGGCGACGGUGAAGGUGCUCUUCUUCGCCCGCGCGCGGGACCUGACGGGCGUGGCGGAUUCGGCGGUGGAGGUGCCGCUGGGGAGCACCGCGGGGGAGUGCCUCGCCCGGGUCCUGGCCCGGUUCCCCAAGCUGGAGGAGAUCCGGGGCUCCGUCGUGCUCGCGCUCAACGAGGAGUACGCGGCCGAGUCCACCGCCGUCGCCCACGGCGACGAGCUCGCUGUCAUACCGCCCAUCAGUGGCGGCUGA